GAAAAUCAGAGGGAAGAGUGUGGCCAAGAAUGCGAAGUCGAAACAAGCACCGCCGAGGGCAAGUGCGAGCAAAGAGAAGCGCGGAAAGAGUGCAGAUAAGAAGGCUUCAACUCCGACUAAGGAGAAGGAGGUGAAGAAGGACGGCAAGAAAGACGCAGGCAAGAAGGCACCAGCCACCGCUCGGCCGAAGGCCACAUUCCAGCCAACAACUUUUGAGAAAGUGCAAGAAAAGUCGUUUGACAAUACGCAGGGAUUGAACAUUGACAUGGAGGGAGAUGUUGCGUCGUUGUGCCAGCCAGCUCUCACAGGACGAAUC